CUACCUGGUAAAAUAAAGCGAAAACUUUGGAUCUUCUGGCAAUGCCCUUGCUUUGCUAUAAAUGUUUACAAUGGAGGUUGAAGAUGAGACUCGCGCUCCAUCGCUACAACACUGGACAGCCAUGAAUUCUGCACCUCUAUCCCCGCUACUGUCCUCAGCCAUGAGUGUGACUGUGAGCUGAUAGUAUGUGAUCAGCUCCAUCCCGUUGCUUCUACUCCUCAAUAAAACCUCGCUGGACUUUUCAGUCAAUGUUGUGAAAAUGGCAGCAGAUCGUUCUCAGCUCCGGAUAGAGGAUAACCAGCUCCAGCCAGCUGAUUUACCAACGUCAUCGCUCGCAUCCCUCCAUCUUAGGGAUGAAGCUGUUGUCACCAACGAGAACAGCAACCAUAUGGGAAAUAAUCCUGAGCUCUGUCCCUCAUUUCCUGUAAUGAUGCCAUCACUGCUAAACCAAUCACAAACGCAGGCAGACAUGUCCAUGGCUAGCAUUGUUACAGCUGUACCAGCAGAUCAAGAGUUCUCGGAGCCUGAGAUGGGUCAGGACGACGGUGAGGUGCAUUCUCACAAACCAACAGCGUCCUUGCCGGAGCUUUCCUCAUGUGAAGAUGCGUCAGCACCGAAAACCAACGUCACCAACCAAGGAGGCACAGAACUUCAACCGGAGAACUGCAUUACUGAAGCUAUGGCAGCAUGCGACUGCAGCACUGAGGAGCAUCAGCUGUUUGAAGCAGAGUGGUACUGGGGCACCAUCUCAAGAGAAGAAGUGAACGAGAUGAUGAGAAACACUCCUGAUGGCACAUUUCUUGUUCGGGAUGCUUCCAACAGAAUUAAGAGGGAAUACACACUGACACUAAGAAAGGAUGGCUCCAACCGACUCAUCAAAAUCUUUCAUAAUGGGGGACGCUAUGGUUUUUCUGAGCCUCUGGCCUUUCCGUCUGUGGUCGACCUGAUUCAGUAUUACCAGAAGAAGUCGCUGGCCCAGUACAACUCGAGGCUGGAUACAAGGUUACUCUACCCAAUAUCCAGAUAUCAACGGGCUGUGAUGGAGGUUGACAUUGAUGCAGCUGGAGAACAGCUAAGGAUACUUCAGGAUCAAUACAAAGAAAAGAGCAAAGAGUUUGACCGUCUGUUUGACGAGUUGAACCAAACCUCCCAGGAACUCCAGAGCAAGAGGACAGCUAUAGAGGCUUUCAGUGAAAUCAUUCGGAUCUUUGAGGAAGAGUGUGAAACUCAGGAGCGCUACAGCAAGGAAUACAUCGACAUGUUCCUCACAUUAGACAGCAGCACAGAACCUGAAAAACUUCAAAGCAACUCAGAUGAACUACAAUCAAGAGUGGAAGAAAUCCACAACAGUAAGAAAAAGCUGGAGGAAGAGCUGAGCAGUAAAGUGCUGGCUCACAUGGAGGUGGAUCGGAAAAUAAACACCCUGAAGCCUGACCUGGUGCAACUACGAAAGAUCAGAGAUCAAUACCUCCUCUGGCUCACCCAACAGGGCACAAAGCAGAGCCAGAUUAAUGACUGGCUUGGUAUCAGGAGUGAAGAAGAUGAAGACCCAUACACCCUGGCUGAAGAUAUGCACCAGGAGGAGAGGAGCUGGUACGUAGGUGGCAUGAGACGCAAAGAAGCCGAGGAGCUGCUGAAGGGGAAGAGGGACGGGACCUUCUUAAUCAGAGACAGCCAGACUCAGAGAGGCUCCUUCGCCUGUUCUGUGGUCGUGCACGGUGACGUGAAGCACUGUGUAAUCUACAGAACAGCCACUGGAUACGGCUUCGCUGAGCCCUACAACCUGUACUCCUCACUGAGGGAGCUCGUCCUCCACUACCGGCACACAUCCCUGAUGGAGCACAACCAGCAGCUGAAUGUAACCCUGGCCUGGCCCGCUCUCAGCCAGCAGCCCAGCUGAGACACACCAGCACACCACACCCCAGGCGCUUUCACAAACCUCCACAGUGUUACUGCUGAGAACACACCCAGACGGACACUGUUCCCAGGCUCAGAUAUUGUACAGUAACAGUCAGUGUUAUCACCACACAGAAACCGCACAACAGUCGCAACAUGAAAAUAUUGAUCUCUAAAACAGUGUUAUGAUGUCACUAAAAUAAAGCGUUAUUAAACCAAUCCACGGGUAUUUGACAGGGUUUACACAGUUAUUCUAAACUACAGUGGAAACUG